GUUGAAUGUCAAGACCGUGCGAGACAACAUAUCGAAUAACAUUAGUGGACUGCCGCGGAUUAUUUUUUACACAUUAUUGUGAAAUAUUUACAAGUUUGUGCUGUUUUAUUGAGUGAUUUUUAUUACUGCAUUUAAGAUACUCGACAAGAUGAAGAGCGGAAACCAAUCAAAUAUUAUUUACAAAGAAGUAGUUAUAGUUGGAAAUGGACCAAGUGGCAUUGUCCUAUCCUUCAUAUUAUCAGGAAACAUACCUUAUAUCACAUCAGACGACCAUCCAGACGAAAUGUUAUCGGCCAGAUUAAGUUCCUCGGUAGGCGAGUGCCUCCUUCAACAGGACUUAGAAUUCCUUGCUCAAGGUAUCGAGGGACGAUCCACCAACCAGGUCUCGCUUUUGGUAGAUUCUUUACUUCAUCCGUACGCUGACAUGGGUUGGGACCUGGAACCUCUUCUGGAGUUUAAGAGGGCGGGAAAAAAGAUUGAACACAUCGUUCUGGGCAAAGGUCCUCCAGGCGGUUCCUGGCACAGCAUGGAUCCUCAAAUCCUCACCCUGUCUCUAGGAAGUUGGAUGGCUCUCCCCGGUCUACCAUUCCACUCAGGAGACUCCGGCGAAAAGCGAGCCUUCGCCUGCGACGUUGCCAAAUACUACGUGCAAUACACCGAACAAAUGGGACUCACCGAAAAUUUCCACAACUAUGUCUCUGUCAACUCCGUGGAGCAAAUCGAACACGAACAACCAUAUAUUGUCGAGAAAAAGCUUAGAAAGAAAGGCUACUGGACCAGUAGAAUAGGCAAAGAACUGAAGGAAACUUUGGAGGCUUGUAUAGAGAGGGAAUGUGAAGAAAACUGUACGGACGAGCAUCGAUGUUGGAUCUCCAAUGCCAUCGACUGUCUAAUGCUAAAAAAUCGGAGGAAGAUUCGAUGUAAACGCCCCAGGGAUCAAGACGCAAUUAUAAUCCCCAGGAAGAACGAUAAAAGACGUUCCAUUAGUUUUUGCUGUGAUACAAAUGAUUACAAUAAUUGUGAUAGUUUCUACUCCACGUCCUUGAACGAGAGGUUUCUCAGGAACUCGUUUAGUUUAGAUUUAAAAUCCGUGCCUUCGUAUAAUUCCGCGAUCUGUGAUAAAGAAACCAACUGGAUUGUGAAUGCUGUGGACUCCAACACCGGGGAAAAGUUGACGUAUGCCUGUAAAUAUUUAGUUUUAGCAAACGGAGGCAGCGAUUUGCCGAAUAGGUUAGAAGUUUCUAAGGUGAAGAAAGACCCCGAAUGGAUUCUGUACGACUUACGGAGCUUGGAGAAGAAUUUGGACACUUAUUUGGCUAACGUGAAGGAAGAUGUGGCUCCCGUGCUGGUUAUUGGAGCUGGUCUGAGUGCUGCGGACGCUAUUAUCGCCGCAAGGGGAAGGAAUGUACCUGUGAUACACGUUUUUAGACAAAAAUCUCCAGAAUUGAGCAGGCAUCUACAAGAAAACCUAUAUCCUGAAUACCACAAGGUUCACCAAAUGAUGCUGGACGGGGGCUCGACACACUCCUACUACACGGCCUACCCCGAAUACACCCUAAGUGAUUUCGACGCUGCAUCCAGAACUGUGAUCUUAACCUCAAAAGACGGCGUGCCCUCAAAAUUGCGCGUAUCCUUCGCAGUAAUACUCAUCGGAUCAAGACCGGACCUUUCUUUCCUACCCGAAUACGUCAAAUUGGGAGUACAGAAGAACCUUCCCUUGGACUGCAAGACGAACCCAGCCGACGUCAACAGGCUGACACAUAGCGUUAAUGGUUGUGAAAAUUUAUUUGUGAUUGGACCUCUGGCGGGUGAUAACUUCGUCAGGUUCUUGCCAGGAGGCGCAGUAGCGGUAACCUCGGAAUUGUAUAGGAGGAAGUACUGUACUUAAAUAAUGUACUUUAAUUAAAUGAAUGUGAUUUUUUUUAGACCAGUUGUGUUUACAGCGUGUGGAACAAAAGUUUUGACGCGAUUUUAAAGUUUUCAAAUAAAUUUUUGCAGAAAUCUAUGACUAGUUAUGUGUAUUCACAGAACAAAAUUCCAACAGUAAACGCAAGAACGUCUUAAAUUAAAUAAAUGACCAAAUCGGUGUCGAAAUGACCAUUAAAGCUGUAUAGUACACGCCAGUAGAUAUACAGCACCGAUUCUAGACCGGCAGUGGUCAAGGUCGUCUAAAUUUUUGGUGG